AAUCGUUAAUGAAAUUGCUUGAAAAUAACAGCAGCAAUGUACAUAUAUUAUAAGUGUUUUUUGUCGCAGUUUGGGGUAUAAAAAGAGCAACGUUCCAUGGGAGCUUAUCAGUGGGCGAUUCGAAAUGAACAAUAUCGGUAAAGUGAUCGUCUUUGUGUACUUGAUUGUUGGAUCCCAAGGACAAUGGCUUGAUGAACACUGUGGGUCUGGAGGAUCAACCAGCCGACCGUGGCUAGCUGCCAUAUACAUAUGGGAUCCCCAAAAAUGGGAAACCUACUUUCAUUGCACUGGCACACUUAUCACCGACCGUUUUAUUCUCACCCAUGCCAUACCCAACACCAGAAUCGGAUACAUCUUUGCUCGCUUGGGAGCAACCUACGACGAUGCGCCUACAUCACAAUGGUACACCACUGAAUCCUUGACUAUGCAUCCCAACUUCAAGAUUUAUGGAAAACAUACCAAGAAUGAUAUAUCUCUAAUCAAGUUGGAUAGGAAAGCUGAGUUCAAUGCAUUAAUCAGGCCAAUUUGCCUGUUUCAUAGCAAAAGCCAAAACCAAAAGCAACUCCAGAGGCAGAUUGCGGACUCCACGUUGGAGUUUACGUUUUCGGGUUGGACAAAACCAUUCUUCACUUCGAAUUCAAAAGUGCUCAAAUCUACCAGGGUUGUUCGGCUUAAUCCCCAACUUUGUUCAAACACAAUUGAAGAUCCCUUGGAACAGAAUCAAAUCUGUGGUGAAACUGAUUCCGAUGAAUUAUGCUUCAGAAACAGCGGAGGUCCUUUAGAAAUCGUAAUAAACAAAUGGGGAAAAAAUGAGUUACUCAGAUUGGAUUGCUAGUAUCGUUCGUGAACAGUAAAUCGAUUCUUGACUUAAAAGAAAAUAUAUAAGUCAAUUUAAACUUAAAAAAAAAAAACACGAAAGCUAUUCAACUUAAUUACUUGAUUAAUUCUAAAAAAAUGUUGAAUAUAGAUAUUGGCCGAAUAAAUAAAUCCAGAUUAAAAGCA